GCUCGGUACAGGCCGAAACCUUCAAGCUAGCUUUUGUGAUCGGCGUUGAAAGGCAUUUAUUGGCAUAAAUCGAUUCCAUACAAUCCCAGCCUUCGGGGUAGUUUACAGAGGAAUUAAAGUCAACGGCGGUUCUAUAAUAUAACUUUUUUGUGCUUCAAAAUGGAAUCAAAUAUACAUAUAUAUAUAUAUAUAUAUAUACAUAUGUGGUCGGACAUGGAGGUGCAUGGUCAGGUUUUACUGCUGAAAUGGCGGCGCAGGUUGUCAAAUCAAGCUUAUUUCUACAGCCCUUAAAAGGGAUAAAAGGUAACAAGCGGACGACAAUAGCCAUGAAAUUUGGUGAGCAGUGAACAACCUAUUUAUCUACGUCACCAUUUGUUAGCGGUAUUGUUAGCCUCGCAGAGUGUUACUCAAGUAAAAUGUAAAUUUAUAGCUGCAUGAUGGUUAGCUUGUUAGCCUCAAUGAUAGGAGAUUAAGCAGUCCUUUCGGUCUUUAAUAUUACUUGGGUUUGGUUUAAUAACUUGCCAAUCAAAUGUCACUAGUUUAUUGGAAAAUAUAAACAAUUAUCCUAUAAAUCAGGGGUCUCAAACUCAAUUUACUUGGGGUCCACUGGAGCUAGGGUCUGGGCAAGGCUGGGCCGCAUCAGGUUUUCCCAAAAAAAAAAAACCCAAAAAACGCAUUUAUUAAAAACAGAAAAAUAUACAAACUUUUUCAGUGCUUUGGUUCCGAUUUCCGACAAAAAUAAGAUGAAAAAUAAAUAAACAAAUCAAGAAUAAAGAAAAUCAAUCAAUCAGUAACAAAUAAAUAUAAUAAUAAUAAAACGGCAAAUAAUAAAAACUUAAGAAACCACAUAUAGUUGGUGGGUAGACAAAUUAUUUUUUUCAGAUUAAAAUGAACAAAGCAUUAUUAGAGCCCUGUAGACAUGACAAAACACAACUAUAGUCACAUUUAUACUUUUUUUUAUUUACAACAUAUUGCGCAACUGCAGGGUCUUGAGACACAUGCUAACUCGCAAACUAGAGAGCUAGCGACCUAAACGGUAGCCUCCAAGUUAUUUCCUUUAAACUUAAAUAGCCAAAAACUUACCACUUCCACACGGAUAGGGAGGAUAACUAUUAACAGUUAUUUAACCUUUAACAUGAACAUUAAUCAAACGUAAUAAUUUUUUCUGGGUACAUGAUACCAUACAGCAUCCAUAUCAAACUUGCACGGGCUGCACUAAGAUUAACUUUCAAAUCAAGGUGGGGGCCUCAAACUAGUGUCCUGCGGGCCACGUGUUUGAGACCCCUGCUCUAAAUUGACUCAGAGCUUUGCUGAUGUGGCUCCCCCAAGUGGCUGGGGCCAUAAACACCCACAUACUAGAGUGUUGAUGCCCGGAGAUACAAUCUUACACUUGAUGUCAUCCCUGUUACUUUGCGUGCCGUGGAAGCGAUGCCAAGGAGAGAGGGAGUGUGUAUGGAGGGGGCGGAGUAUGUGCGUGUCGUCACUGUGACUCAGACAUGUGCCGCCUGCCUGAGAUCCUGCUUCCACCUUACAAACCCACAAGAGAAGAAGAAGAAGAAGAGCAUCAGGAUGUCUCUGAGCUCAACACUUCCCUUCCUUCUCCCUUUGCUCCUGAGCUGCAGCGUCAGGGCCGUACCCGCCCUGUUCCAGCUGGCCCCUGACACCCCGGCACCGGCGGAGCCCACACCGACCCAGGCCGCACCCGGGCCGGACCCCUGCCAGGGACGACCCUGCCUCAAUGACGGGCUGUGCCAAGCCCUUCCCUCACCGGGCGGACCAGAGGACACUUGGGAGUACGCCUGCACGUGCGGUCAGGGCUUCACUGGACGCAACUGUGAGUUUUUCACAGACCCAUGUUUCAGCAGUCCCUGUCUCCAUGGCAACUGCAGCCUUCACAACGGCGAGGAGGCGGGCGAGCCGACGUACACCUGCGAAUGCAGCGAAGGCUAUGAGGGCCAGAGGUGCGAUCAGAUGAUAUUGGACUUGGCCGAAUGGGAACCUGUGACGCCGUCUGCUCCUGAACUGGCCACCCCUGUCACUUCCACAACUUCAGUCGCCACUCAGCCACCGCAGCCAACCACCGUGUCCGCUAGCACAACACCGCCGCCUCCUACCCUGCAGCCAUGGCAACCUAAACCCGGGCAGCGGCUUGUGAUGGUGCCAUGGGAGGCAGAUAGGGUGACUGAGGGUCUGCACUGUGUGAGUCCCGAGCUGUGUGAGCUGACAGCAAGUCUGACUUUAUCUCUGGAGGUGCCAGAGGAAACAGCUGUAAAGUUGUUGGUGAAUGCCACCAGAGCUCCUGUGCUUUGGCGUGUAAACGAAGAAGGUUUCCUGCUUUCCUCCUUUUUAAAUGGCUCCAAAAUGUGGUUCCUGCAGGCCUCCAAUGGUCUGGUGGUGCCUGACCAUGCGUUGCCUUUGGGACAAAACUACUUCAUCAGUGUGAUGCAGGUGGGUACCCCCGUGGCUCCAGAGGUCACCCUGCGUCUCAACCUGACGGUGAAGGCUAGCAGCUGCGUGGAACCAGGCAGCAGCUUUAGUGACCCUCAGUGCUCGGGCAAAGGCAAAUGUGUCACACAGCUCUCGGAGAGCACCUUCUUUUGUGAGUGUGAUGAUGGCUACACCGGAAUCUUCUGCGAGGAAUUUGAUGCUUGCCAUCACCGUCCUUGUCGUAAAAAUGGCACCUGUACUGAUGUUAGGCAGGGCGGGGAAGGACGCAACUUCACGUGUACCUGUCAACCAGGUUACGAGGGGGACCGCUGCCAGUUGCUGGUGAACCACUGCCUCUCACAGCCUUGUGAGAAUGGAGCUACCUGCUCCAGCAGCCUGGCUGGCCCAAUGUGCUACUGUCCUGAAGGAUAUCAAGGGGCAACAUGCGAACAGAAGGUGGACCCCUGUGCAUCUCGGCCUUGCCACAACAACGCAACCUGCCACCCCCAGGGUCCCAGCCCCCUGGGGUUUGCCUGCAGCUGCACAUCUGGUUUCACCGGCCCCACGUGCGCCCAGCUGCUUGACUUCUGUGCUUUGAACCCAUGUGCCCACGGAGUGUGUCGCAGCGUGGGGAACAGCUACAGGUGUCUUUGUGUCCCAGGCUACCAUGGUUUAUACUGUGAAGAAGAGUACAAUGAGUGUCUGUCUGCGCCCUGCCAAAAUUAUGCCACCUGCCGGGACCUCAUCAAUGCUUACGAGUGUGUCUGCACGCCACAGUUUGAAGGUAAACACUGUGAAAUUUACAAGGACCCAUGUCUGAAAAUGAACUGCCUCAAUGGAGGCCACUGUGAGAGUGCAGAAGUCAAUGCUUCCUGUGCCUGCCCACCUGGAUACAUGGGGGAGCGAUGUGAGGUCGACAUCAACGAGUGCGAGAGCAACCCUUGUCACCAUGGAGGCACUUGUAUUGACCAAUCACAUGGUUUCACCUGUCACUGUCUACCUGGGUGGGUGGGGCCUAACUGUGAAAUCCACCUGCAAUGGAAGACGCAGCACUCGGAGGAAACUCUGACUAACAUGCCCCGACAUUCACUGUACAUCAUCAUCGGAGCGUUGUGUGUGGCCUUCGUCCUCAUGCUCAUCAUCCUCAUCGUGGGCAUCUGUCGCAUCAGCCGCAUCGAAUACCAGGGUUCGUCACGUCACGCUUACCAGGAGUUCUACAACUGCCGCAGCAUCGACAGCGAGUUCAGCAACGCCAUCGCCUCCAUCCGCCAUGCCAGAUUCGGUAAGAAGUCCCGACCUGCCAUGUAUGACGCCACUCCCAUCAACUAUGAAGACUACAGUCCAGAUGACAAACCUUUGGUUACGCUGAUUAAAACAAAGGAUUUGUAAACAUGUUGCACCCAUGCACAUACAUACAGGCUUAUUAUAUAGGAAACUCAGUCUGAAUGUAAAAAUGAGAAAAAAAAACAAAAAACAAAUCCAGUAUGUACUCUGUACUUCAAAGAAACAAAAUAUGUAAUUUGAUACAUCUAUUUUCCUGUUAAUGUUCACCUUUAAGGCUUUACUGUAUGUAGCAUAAGAGCGGCAUUGACCCACGUUACUGAUGCUGCACGAUAGAAUGACGAUUAAGUCUGCACCCAACUGUCUUGUCAUCAGUCAGGGCCUGCAACUCAGGGGCCCCGAUUUGUGAAAAAAAAAACACAAAGUAGUCCGACAAAGCUGACAGCAAGUUGGCACAGUUGUUGUAGAAAUAGGUGUCACUGCGUGCGCUGUAUAUUUUUCUAUUUCAACUAAAUCCUGCAGUAGGUUGCCUUACUUCAUGCAUGGUUAGAUUUGAUGUUCUUUAUGUAAUAUUUGGAGACUCUUUAAUUCUUUGCUAUAUUUUUCUGCAGAUGUAUUACUUUGUCCAGAUUGUGCCAAAUAUUCUGUUGUGGUAAGUAGAAUACAUGUUUAAGAAUAUUAGUCACACGGAAUCUGAAGAUUUACAGUGGUAUGAAAAAGUUAGGGCACCCUUGGUAAUUUUUUUAAGAGGCGGGGUACACUCUGGACUGGUGGCCAGCCAAUCACAGGGCACAUAUAGACAAACAACCAUUCACACUCACAUUCAUACCUAUGGACAAUUUGGAGUCGCUAAUUAACCUAGCACGUUUUUGGAAUGUGUGAGGAAACCAGAGUACCCGGAGAAAACUUACACAUUCACGGGGAGAACAUGCAAACUCCACACAGAGAACGGCCGAGGGUGGAAUUGAACCCUGGUCUCCUUGCUGUGAGGCCUGCGCGCUAACCACUCGUCUGCCGUGCAGCCCAAAUCUGUUUUAUUUUUUCCUAAAUUCCGUUUUUUCUGUUUAAAUGAUUUUUAUUUAUUUUUAGAUUAGGAUGCUGAGGUUCUCGUUGAGAGUGACCAGGAUGGAUAGGAUCAGGAAGGAGUACAUCGGAGGGACAUUACAUGUUAGAGGCCUUGGAGAUAAAGUCAGAGAGGCCAGACUGAGAUGGUUUGGACAUGUCCAGAAUUCAUGUCCACAUUCAUACCUAUGGACAAUUUGGAGUCGCUAAUUAACCUAGCAUGUUUUUGGGAUGUGGGAGGAAACCGGAGUACCAAGAGAAAACCCACAGAGAACAUGCAAACUCCACACAGAGAUGCCCGAGGGUGGAAUCGAACUCGGGUCUCCUAGCUGUGAGGCCUGCGCGAUAACCACUCGAACCAAUACUAAUUAUUGGAACACAACAUUUGUUUGGUAAGCUCACUGACCCUUGACCUACCCUUGAGCUAGUGACCUCAACGGUAGCCUUCAAGUUAUUUCCUUUAAACUUAAAUAGCCAAAAACUUACCACUUCCACACGGAUAGGGAGGAUAACUAUUAACAGUUAUUUAACCUUUAACAUGAACAUUAAUCAAACGUAAUAAUUUUUUCUGGGUACAUGAUACCAUACAGCAUCCAUAUCAAACUUGCGCGGGCCGCACUAACAUUAAACUUUCAUAUCAAGGCGGGGUCUCAAACUAGUGUCCUGCGGGCCACAUGAUUUAUAAAGUGAUUUAUGAAGGAAAAUCUUGACAAUUAUAGGGGUGCCCUAACUUUUUCAUACCACUGUAUUUUUCCCUUUCGGUAAGUACUUAUCGUCUUUGUUCUUUACAUGCAAGUUUCUCAUCGGUGUAUGAAUCGUAAAAGAAUGUGCAUUUGCAAGAGUACUACGAGCCUACCAUGACACUUUCUUGUACUUUCGUGAACUUUAGGGUAGACGUUUGGUAUGAUUGUAAUACCCAGUUUUAUUCCGUGUACUUGUUUCGGUCAUACAACACUAACUCACUUCAAAGUAUCGUUACAGAAUAGUUCCUGUAUUGGAAUGACCUGUAGAUGGAGAAUAAUAACUUAUUAUCAUCUAUGUUAAAUAAUGUAAGGAUUAAAGUCAAACAUAUCGGUCCAACCUGGUGUCUUGUUUCGAAAUACGAAACAGACACGUUGAAUGUUAAAUAAAUGGCAAUCA